CAGGGCUGACUGAAGAAGGGAUCCCAGAGGCUGAACAGGCUGAGAACCGCCAGUCUGGAGCUUCACGUCUAGACCCGAGUUGUGAAUAUGGCACGAAGCAAUGGGCAGAGCUGUGCACUCCUGUACCCAGCGCCAUCUCUGCUCCGUUCUGCCCAGCGAGACGGAUUUGAACUUAGAUUUGUGCCUGUCGUUGUGCAGAUGCAACUGGGAUGGAGCCCCUUGUGGUUUGCCCAGAACCUUGUACCAGCUCGCGUCUUUUCGAACUUGUAACUCAGCUUACGCUCUUCUGAGUCAGCUUUCCACAGGCAAGGGGCGUGUGGCAUGUGUCCUGUUAGCAACAGGAAUUGUAACUAGUUUCCAAAAGAUGGAAUUUAAAAUUGAACACACCUGGGACAGUUUACCUGUGAGCCAUGAGCCAGUACAGAUCAGGCUUAAAUUGAGUGACGGAGGAUUGUUGAUGGAAAUAAGUGCUCCCUUCUUUAAUGAUCCUCCAGCACCACUUGGAGAGCCAGGAAAACCUUUCAAUGGAUUGUGGAACUAUGAAGUUGUAGAAGCAUUUUUCUUGGGUGAGAAAACUAAGCAGUACUUGGAAGUUGAACUGUGUCCCCAUGGACAGCACUUGGUACUCCUGCUUUCUGGCAGAAGAAGAAUAUGGAAACAAGAACUUGCCUUAACAUUUGAAGUGUGCAGAACAGAGACCAAAUGGGAAGGCAGAGCUCAUCUUCCUUGGAGUUAUUUUCCACCAAGCACAGACAAAUUUAAUGCAUUUGCAAUUCAUGGCUCUGAAGAUAAGAGAACAUAUGAAGCACUUUAUCCAGUGCCUCAGCAUGAAAUACAGGAAGGACAGAAGCCAGAUUUCCAUCACCUGGAACUUUUCAAACAAUUUAGCUUGAAGGCAUUAAUGGGAGAAGAUUGGAGGCAGCCUGAAUCCGAUCUCUGGAUGUCAUGCAAACAUACUGAUUAGCAAAGCAGGAUGAGAAAUUAAAUCUUUACUCUGAUUAGUGGGGAAUGAAGCUGUAGGGCCUUAUCUCUUCAGCUAAAUUUCAGUGGUAAGAAUUCGAGUGUGUUACUAAAAUGAAUCAUGUUUAACUUCUCUUUUUUUUUUUAUCUUUGGCCACUUUCAGCUUAGCUUUUUAGCUUCAGGCCUACUCAGGUGAGCCCUUCACAGGGCUCCAUUUCCAGUUUCCUUUCCACCAGCCUGCCAUUAUCUUAGCCCAGAGUUGACUGCUGAUCAUCUCCUAAACAUUUUAGGACAGAAGAAGCAAGUAUGAUCAUCCAACUUUCUGUAUAACAUGGCUGUUACAUAGGCCAGAGGUAUCUUUAUUUUCUUGUUUCCACAUCAGUUCCAUAACUUCUGUUUGACUUGUAGUAUGUCUCUUAAAAUAAAUAAUUAAAUAAAAAAAAAUUAAUAUUGAUUUUAAGACUUCAUGUUGGAGAUGCUCCACUUUCAAGGUAAGGUUCCCUUACCCCUCUUGACUUAAAUAGUACUCAUUUAAUGAUUGGUACCUCACUUCACGAUAUUUGUCUAUUCAGCGUCUAAUUAUUGUAUCCCAUUCUGUCUUUUUGUAAUAGAUUAAAGAUCUAUUUCUUGCAAGAAA